CAGGUUGAGCAAAAGCAUUGUGGGAAGCAGAAACCUAUGACGUCCUCUUCUCUGUAUUUUCUAAACAUGUUUGGCUGGUGACGACCUAUCACAGCAUAAACAUGCAUUCAAUAGUGGUGAUUAUGAUUAUAUAGCUAAGAGAUAUAGAUGUCUUUAUUUUGAGGAGUCGGAUCGUGUGAACAAUGGACGGAGACGCUACCUUCAGAGGAAAUAACAUCACAGCAUUAUGGCGACCAUGUAUCCAAGGGCCAGCAGUACUGGGGCCACUCCCUCAGAGGAGAUGAAUGGUACUGGGAACCUGAUGGACUUCCUGGAUGAGCCCUUCCCAGACGUAGGCACCUACGAAGACUUCCACACCAUUGACUGGCUCCGGGAGAAGUCGCGCGACACAGACCGCCAUAGGAAGAUCACCACCAAGAGUAAGGAGUCUUACUGGGAGCUGAUUAAGAGUCUUCUGGAUGCCUGGUCAGGAUGGGUGGUGAUGCUGCUCAUAGGAAUGCUCACAGGUACGCUGGCUGGAGUGAUCGACCUGGCUGUGGACUGGAUGACCGACCUGAAAGAGGGGGUGUGUCUGUCUGCUUUGUACUACAGCCGUGAGCAGUGCUGCUGGACCUCCAACGAGACCACCUUCGAAGACAGAGACAAGUGUCCGCAGUGGCAGAAGUGGGCCGAGCUGAUGACCGGUCACUCUGAGGGUGCCGGGGCGUAUGUGUUGAAUUACUUCCUGUAUGUGUUGUGGGCGCUGUUAUUCUCUUUCUUGGCCGUGUCUCUAGUAAGGGUCUUUGCCCCCUACGCCUGUGGGUCAGGUAUUCCUGAGAUCAAGACCAUCCUGAGUGGGUUCAUCAUCCGGGGGUACCUGGGGAAGUGGACCCUGCUGAUCAAGACGGUGACCCUGGUGCUGGCUGUGUCCUCCGGGCUCAGCCUGGGGAAGGAGGGGCCCCUGGUCCACGUGGCCUGCUGCUGUGGUAACCUCUUCUGCUCCCUGUUCUCCAAGUACAGCAAGAACGAGGGCAAGCGCAGAGAGGUGUUAUCGGCUGCUGCAGCUGCUGGGGUGUCCGUGGCUUUUGGAGCUCCGAUUGGAGGAGUUCUCUUCAGCCUGGAGGAGGUGAGUUACUACUUCCCUCUGAAGACUCUGUGGCGCUCCUUCUUCGCUGCGUUGGUGGCGGCCUUCACCCUGCGCGCCAUCAACCCGUUCGGCAACAGCCGUCUGGUCCUGUUCUACGUGGAGUACCACACCCCCUGGUACAUGGCUGAGCUGGUCCCCUUCAUCCUGCUGGGGGUGUUCGGGGGCCUCUGGGGAGCCCUCUUCAUCCGGGGUAACAUCGCCUGGUGUAGGAGGAGGAAGACCACUCUGCUGGGGAAGUACCCAGUCCUAGAGGUGAUCGUGAUAACGGGUAUUACCGCAGUCCUGGCGUUCCCUAACCCGUACACGCGGCGCAGCACCAGCGAGCUCAUCUCCGAGCUGUUCAACGACUGCGGUGCGCUGGAGUCCUCUCAGCUGUGUGACUACGUUAAUAACCCCAACAUGAGCCGUCCGGUGGACGACAUCCCAGACCGCCCUGCUGGACCCGGGGUCUACAGCGCUCUGUGGCAGCUGGCCCUGGCUCUUAUCUUUAAGAUUGUAAUAACUAUCUUCACCUUUGGCAUGAAGAUCCCGUCUGGGCUGUUUAUCCCCAGUAUGGCUGUGGGGGCCAUCGCUGGGCGAAUUGUGGGCAUCGCUGUGGAGCAGAUGGCCUACCAUCACCACGACUGGAUCAUCUUUAAGAACUGGUGUCGUCCUGGAGCCGACUGUGUUACCCCAGGUCUCUACGCUAUGGUGGGCGCUGCAGCAUGUCUGGGAGGUGUGACCCGGAUGACCGUGUCCCUGGUGGUCAUUAUGUUUGAGCUGACCGGUGGUCUGGAGUACAUCGUCCCCCUCAUGGCCGCAGCCGUCACCAGUAAGUGGGUAGCGGACGCCUUUGGGAAGGAGGGUAUCUACGAGUCCCACAUCCAACUCAACGGCUACCCCUAUCUGGACGUCAGGGACGAGUUCACACACAGGACCCUGGCCACAGAUGUGAUGCGUCCCAGGCGCAGCGAGCCCCCCCUGGCCGUGUUGACCCAGGACAGCACCACGGUGGAGGACGUGGAGACACUCAUCAAGGACACCGACUACAAUGGCUUCCCUGUGGUCGUGUCCCGAGAGUCAGAGCGCCUCAUCGGCUUCGUCCAGCGCAGGGAACUCACUGUGGCCAUCAAGACUGCCCGUCAGAAGCAGGACGGGGUGGUGAGCAGCUCUGUGGUCUACUUCACGGAGGACAACCCCCAGGUGGCCGAGGCCUGCGACCCCCAGCCCCUGAAGCUGCGGCGCAUCCUCAACCUCAGCCCCUUCACCGUCACGGACCACACCCCCAUGGAGACCGUGGUGGACAUCUUCAGAAAGCUGGGCCUCCGACAGUGUCUGGUCACCAGAAGCGGGCGUCUGUUGGGCAUCAUCACUAAGAAGGAUGUCCUCCGUCACAUGGCCCAGAUGAUGAACCAGGACCCAGAAUCCAUCAUGUUUAACUAGUGGCCCAAGAAGACAAAGCUUUAUUAUCCCAAGGACCUCUCUGCCCCUCCCUCAGAUUGUAAAUAGUGAAACGCUACUGUAACCCAGUGUUUAGAAUGUAGGGAUGGAGAAAGAGGGGUGAAGAAAGAGGGGGAUCAGGACUAAGAUGGAUAAAUGAAGGGCGUGUGGACCAGAAUGGAAGGAUGAAUAAAGAGGGGGUGUAAGGACAAGGAAGGAAGAUCAAAGAAGAGGGUGUGAGGACCAGGAAAGGGGGACCAAGAGGGAGGGGUGGAGGAAUAGGGGUGUGAGGACCAGGAUGGAGAGAUGAAGGGAGGGAGGUGUCAAUCAUGGCAAGGAGGGAAGCACCUUAUGUCUGAGAUGAUGAGUUGUUUUAGUUUGAUGUGCCGCUGACGCCAUAUUUAUGUUUUCAGUGACGCUUCAACGCCUGCUGUAACUGACUUGAGUCUAAGUUGUCAAUGUUAAGUUGGUGGCCCUUAGAACCCAUUGUUCCCAGGGUAUAUUUCACAUGUUGAUGUUACUUUGACAUUUGCGGCUUCUCAAAUGUUUCUCAAUAUUGAACUGUAACAACAUUGUUUUAACACGGAUACUGUAUGUAUUUGCUAGAAGACCGCGUAUCAUGUCAAUUGAUUUAUUUAUCCAGACUUUUUUAUUGUUGUUGUUUUUUUGCAAUGAAGAAUGCACUUUGGAAGAGAAAUAGCUGAACCGGAAAGAGCCACCAAGUCCAAUGAUUUUCUUGUUACUUUAUAGUUCUCACUCCAUGCUGCCCCUCACCAGUUUCAUAGGUUUUGUUGUAAUAUGCUGAGGGAAUGUAUUGUGGAAAAUAACUGUGGAAAUAUUGAACCUGCCUCACUUCGGUUCUUUUUGUUUAAUUUUAUACAUAUCAGUCCAGACAAGAGCCACAGUGGUUGUGUGGAUUUAGCCACACUAGGUUCUCCUUCUUUGUCAUUUCAUACUGAAAGAUAAUUCCAUAUUUAUUCAUCUUUUUUUCAAAUCCAUCCAUUUUUACUACUGUAUUGAGAAACUAUCGAUUUGUUAUUAUCUCGAGCAAUUGAACACUACUGUAGUUGUUUUAUAUGUAUUAUUCUAAUAUGAGCUGUUCAACAUUACUGUAACUUGGAACUGGUACAGAAAACGGAUAUUUGCACUUUUGUUGGUGUUUGUAAAUAACGUCUAAGUGAUGCACAAUAUAUACUAUUUGCAAUGUACAAGGUUCUGACAUUAAAUAAAAGGGGCGUUGUGUCAACAAGAA